AUGGUCAACAUCACAGCUUCUCUCAUGACUCUCCUAGCAGUCACCUCUUUCGCCGCAGCUGCACCCGCUCCGAUCGAGCCUCAAUCAGAGGUCUCCACCAACUUCUUGGAGAAGCGUGCUGUUAGCUGCAGAGACGAUGGUCCCAAAGGCUGGAAAAGAGGAUCGUCUGCAGAUGCAGCAAGAUGCAUCACCGAACUUGCAGCACUCGGAAGCCAGGAUUGUACGGCUUCUGUCUCCGGCACGCUUUUCAAGAAGUGUGGAGACACUAUCAUCCACGGCCAGAAUGUUUGUGCUCCUUCAGAGGGAUUGACAGCAACAGCAACCUGCCAGGAGGCUGCGCGUGGUGCAGGUCUUAUCAUGGAUCAAUGCUCCAGAGGUGAUGGUACCGUGAUGGGCGAGAACCAUGCCUGGGCAAGCAGAUGUCUUCUGAUCCACAUCCUUGCCGAGUAA